AUGAUAGCAACAAGCAACAGGAAGAGGCGUGGCGCCAAGACGAACCGACCCCAACAACCGCUAGCACAAUUGAGCUCAGACAAUGUGUCUAACUGGGCAGGGUCAAGGUUCUCUGUCCUUGACGACUUGAAUGACGAACUUCGCGAGGAGCCGAGGGUUCUAGAGGUUGCUAGCAAGAAAGUGAAAGAGGAAUUGGAUGGAGAUGCGGACUUGGGCGGGGAUGAUAAGGAGGUCCAGGAGCAGGCAAAGAUUGGUAGCGGUCGGGAAGUUAGAGGACACUUGGCAAAACAAAGAUUGGAGCAAGAAAAGUCUAGCAAGGGGGAAGCACGUACCCAGCCAAUGGGUAGGAUGGCACAAAAGGGCCAAAGAGGAGCGACCGCGACCCACAAAAAUACAUUGUAUGUACCGAAGCAGGGUGGCAGCGGGAGCUCUCAGAGCAAACUGAUUGUACCCAAGACACCCGCGGAUGGCCCGAAACACGUGGAAGGCGGCAGCAAGCAAUCACCCACCCCAAAGCAGAAAGGACACAAGCAAGGGGCUGACGUGGAGAAGGGGGCUCCAACUAGCAAGGAUGCCACCAGCCCUAAAUAUGGGAAACCACUAGCUCGAAGCUUGGACCUGAAUGCUGAUGUGAAUUUGCAGAGGAGAGCACAGGCUCUGGGAGAAAAAGAAACCAUCUCAACUCGUGGGGAUAACACCAAGAGUGGGAUGGAUGUGUCCUCAACCUGA